AUGGCUGGGGGGAAAUCAAAGGCAGAGGUUAAGCCCCGUGCUCGUAGGCGGGCUAAGCGGUCAAGAGAGGGACAUCCUCACACAGAUCUUGGCAAGAGAGGUGCUGUCAUCGCACUGAAGACAGCGGGGCAUAAAUAUCACGAAAUCGCAAGAAUAAUCGGAGUACCAAUUCAAACUGCUAGCGACAUCUAUAAACAUGCGAUCCAAAAUGCCCAAGAGAACAAAGAAAACCACGAUCCAACCCCUGACCCAAACCUAAACCCUGUUACUAAUCGCGGUCGCCCUCAAAAGUUCAACUCAGAACAACGACAGGCCAUGGUUCAACUCGCGACACGCGACGGAUCACAACGGCGGAAACCAUUCACCCAUCUGGCUCGUGAAUGCCCCUUCAAGAUUUCUACUUCCUGA